CUUCUGAGCAGUGGUCUUGUCAUAGCAAGACAUGCUAAAAUUAUAAAAAGCUCUCAGUGCGAACGUAAGGGAGGUGGAUGCGUUUGAUGGAUCACAAGUCGCCUGAACCACCCGUACUUUGCCGGGAAUAAAGGUCACAACCGUGGCCAAGAAGAAUGUCAGCGUUGCAUCCAUCUAAAAAGGAGGAGAAAUGGGCGAUGAACAUACGACUAAAGGACCACCCGAGUAUAUUAAUUCCGGCUCCGUAUAUUUGGAUUUCGAGGGGUCCCAGCGUACUUCAUUCAUCUGGCGGUAUAUGAUCGAAGUGAUUCCCAUUAUUUCACUUCGAAGAAGAUAAUCCCUACAGCUCUUGUGCUGGUUCAAUGGUGAGUGAUCUCGGAUCAUAAUGCCCCAGUGAUCUGGCCUAUGUCGAAAGAGACGAUGCGCAAGAACGCGGCGGUGGCCGUCAGCGGCCAAGCCUUGACCGAGGAUGGAAAACAAUGGACCAUCACACCUGUAGGAAAAAGGGACGGUAAGUCACAAAGAGUCACAACGUAGACCAAUAGAGUUAAGGAAAACUGUUUAUUCUCUUACUUUGCUUCAGUUUUGAUUGUAACUUCUUUUUUCAAGUCAUCGAUAGCUAAUCCCAUCCAACCAGUCCAACUAUAGUCGGCGGGCGGGCAGAGGAAAUUCGGGGAAUUUGGGGAGUUGAUCCUCGCACAUUUCCGGAUAGCUUGUUCAAGACUCGGCGGGGUUGAAAUCCCAACCUCUUCCUUUGUCGUGUCCUUGCAAACCACUUCCAAAUCCAAUGUUUUCUGCAGCCAGUCAAAGGAGAACAGAUCUGGAGUUUCUGAUCUAUACAUGUGAAAAAGUGCACACAUCAGUUCACUGAACUCAUGCGGGUCUGAGAAAGGCUUGAAGUUGACGCAUUCCAUGAUAGUCGACGCUUGAUGUUUUGACGUGACGCUGAAGUCAUCGAUCCAAGGCAAGCUUCAUCUGCUUUUGCCUCUCACACCACUUUGGCACGUGACCCCAACCUAUUGUCGUUAGACCGCUGUAGCCUGCCUCGAAUACUAGCAACUAAUCCGCUCUAUCACCUUUUACUGUCUUGCGACUUUUCACCAUUUUUUUGGCUGCGCACAUUCCGGCAUUGGAUUCUAUAUCAUCCUACAGUGCCUUGUUCCUAACCGACCCACUCGCGCGUCUAUUCUUCGAAAUGGCGGAGCUUCCCAGACGGAGGUGGAAGGCAGUUGAUGGCCUAGAUAAGAUCCCAUCCACUGAGCAGGAGUGGCUUGAAAUGGUCACAAUGUAUAGCUUGGUCAAUGCCAAACUCCAGGACUUGUGCUUCUAUGGUUCUUUCUCUGCGUCAACAGUGCCUAAAGAAGCCUUCCUCACUGUCCGAUGCAUUUGACCAGAAGUGAUGGCUGUUGGGGAUGCAUUACUAUAUAUUCUCAGGACGGGGUCGUACUUCAGUGAUGAACAUGUUGCCCAGGCUACAAAGCUUAUCAAUAGGAAACUUCUCAGACUUGACAAGUUAGACACUCUGUUUGAUGUCAUCUGUUCCCAAACAAAGACACCUCGUGAAUGGUUAUGCACGCUUGCAGAUGGACUAGGCCCAUUCUCAAUGCUUGUUAGUUUAAAAAGGCAAAUUCUAGACAAAGGACUGCAUACUGCUCCAAGAGAGGAGUCUCUCCCUAUAACUUACGCGCCAAGAAAGGGGCAUUACAACACUUCUCAAAGUUCAUCAGGUCAAAUUCCUGAUUCUCUGACCCUCAGGCACCCUAAGCGCUUGCGCCUAGGAGAUUUUGAUGCCAUUGAUGACCAUCCGGCUCCAAGCGAGCCUCCUACUCCGCCUAACAUUGAACUAACAGAGGAAACCUUAGAUGAAAUUCCGGAUGACAUCCCGGACCCACGGACUCCUACUGAGACUCUGGUGGUCGAUUUUAUGGUCAAUCUUCUCGGGGGUUUAGCAUGUCUUUUACAGCCCCUUGCUUACCGGACUGUUUGCGUGGCUAAUGCCUUUGAGACAACCUAUCAAUUUGGCCCACUUCCGAAUGGUCCGAUCGCUUCAAAUCAUGUACAGUUCUGAGCACGUAUAGACGGGAGCAUCCCCUUCAGCCUGCCUCCGGACAAAAAUCUU